GGCCCGGCUGCAGCGGCAGCAGCAGCGGCUGCCGCGGCCGCCGCUUCUGUACCAUUCCUGCCCGCAUCCGCCGCAGCCUACUAUCAGCAUGCCUAUGCAGCCACCGUUGCUGCCGCUUAUCGUAAUCCACUGUGGAUGCACUAUCCUGGAUUGGCGGCCGUUGCACCUCAAGGACCUCCACUAUCAGUACCAGCUCAUCCUCAUCAACCACCACCGCCCCCACCUCCACCUCCACCACCACCAACACAACCAACGGCGUUCAACGAGGGUAGUAAAGAGCAACAACGGUUGCUCCACUCCGCUUAUCCAGUAUCGGCGGCCCUUAACUACAGUGUUACCGCACUAACCUCCUCCUCGAACACCGUUACACGCGCUAAUGCUCCGCACAUGGCCAAUGGUGGGGGUGGCGGUGGUACCGUGCCUAGUUCGGGCUGGCCCGAACGGGUAUCGACUGAGGGCGGCGAUGGUACCGCCUAUCAUCCUCAUCCUCAUCCUCAUCAUCAUCAUCACCUUCCUCUUGAUCAUUCCAUGGCUGUCACUACAAGUGCUGCCGGCACUACGUCCCCGGCUACCAGUGGCCCCUUUAAGGAAGAACCCGCCAACGAUGUACCUCUAAAUUUGUCUAAACACUAAGAGCGUUAAGAUGAUAUGAAGAUAUGGAUUGCGCAUCAAACAAAAGAAAUGCAUCCUCUGUGGAUUCGAUCAACUGUAUGCGUGGCAACAAAUGCGAAGCACAUAAUGCACACCGAGUAAGUGAAGAGGGUAUAGCUAAACAAAACAAAACAAACGAAUGGUGCGUUAAGAGAAAUAGAGGAAGAUAUAAGCCCACUAACGAUUACGUGAUAACGGCAUGCUACGUGAUCAAAUUUAGCUGCACUGUGGUUGCUGGGGAUAGGAUAAAAUCGUGUCCGAGUUACGGAACAGGAAACAGGUGUAUGGCGAUGACCUAUCGGAAGAACACAGAGGUGAACCUAUUUUUGCUACGUAACAUUUGCUGCAGAAAUGAUGGAUGUAUGGUAGGUGUUUGUGUGGUAUGUGUGGUAUGUGUGUGUGUGUGUUUUACAGUGGAACUAAAAGAAGGAUCUUUGUGGAAAGGAAACCUCUUGUAUUAUAUAUUCCUUAUGCAUCCUACAACUACAGAUUAUUUUUGCUACUAUUGCCGAAAUCUUGGUCCGAUCCAAUUGCAGCCAGGCUGGGCAGGUAGAGGGACAUGGAGUACUCAUUCAAAAGCCAAGCCAUCGAAUAUUAGAGAAUGCCCAUCAUCAGUAAGCAGAGAGUGGUCCUUCCUUGGUAGCCAGCGUAGGAACACGCACGUAUGCAAAUUCGAGCGUGAGAUGUCCUCAAUGGUGCUUUUCCACAUCCAUCCCAGUUUCAUUCUUCCAUCCACAACCUAACGGUUUCGGUGGUGUGUUUUGUCGUUGGGUUUGAAUAAGUCCAAAUGCAUUGUGAGCCCCCCGGGUAAUAGAGAACGGGUGAUUCAAGUUCACUCUACCAACUUUUCUAUCAAAAACAAUGGCGCACGCUAAACGCGAUCUCUCGUCUAUUUGCUUUGACUCGAUGUCAUCAGAUGCACCAAUCAUGUGCAUGCGGUUGUGUGUGUAUGUGUGUUUGUAUGUGCGCCUCGUGUGUUUGUAUUUGUGUGCUUACCCGAAGUUACGGCAACACGUUACUUCGUGUUUUGUGAUUCCUGUAGUGUUUCGGCCACGUGAAAAUUGUGGCCACGUGUUCUUAGCACGCUGAUUUGUAUGCGAAGAAGCGUAGGAAGGGAGCAAACAAUUUACAAAAAGAAAAACGAACAUAAUAUUCCAACAAUGUAUCAGACUGAAGAAAAGGAAGGAUGAUUGUAGAUUGUACUGUAUAAAGUUAAGAUAAAGGGAAUCUCACAUGAUGGAACGACAUGAAACCCCGAUUUGUGUUCCGCGAAAUGAAAAGAAAGGAAAAUUCAAAACGAGAGCAGAUCAUCGAGCCGCUGCGCAUAGAGCCGCUCGAUUGACAGACUGAAACACAUUACUCGUAGAUUUUACGAUGGGCCGAAGAGUGCGCGCUAUUUACACCGAAUGAAGGUAACAAAGUGGUGUUACCUUCUAAUAUGAAACCUAUCUAGAAUCUAAGAAAACCAAAAUCGUACUAAAAUACAUACAAACGGGCAGGGCAAUCCAAAUUCAUUUUAUCGCAGUAAGCUCAGUUGGAGAGCGGCGAAGAGAAUUGCUUGAUGGAAAAAGAUAGAGAAAAUAUUUUUCGCUAUUUUUAUACACUUUGAGGAACGAGAAACGCGCUGCUGUAGUUGUUGCAAAGAAAUUUAUCAAAAACCAAUGCAAACAGAGGAUAGGAAUAUAAUUUUAAACGCGUCCCCAUCAUCUCCAAAGAUGUCUUACUAGAAGUGUGUUUUUCACAACAGAAGGUGAAUAUAUACAGAGAAAUGCGCUUCAGGGCGUCGUUAUGUAGAAGCGCUGCGUCGUUGUGUAUCGAAAUUUUUAACAAUUUUUUUCACGCGAAAAUCACUGAAAUGGAAUGAAAAACCUGGAACCACAAAAGUAACAAAACAAACCGUGUGCCUUGUAAAUCGAAAUGGAAAAUCAACUUAAAUAACAAGAAGAAAAAAAACAAACAAACAGAGUGGAACAAUUGAUACAAAAUAACAAUCCAAUUAACAACAACUACAACAUGCCAAGUAGCCGCGCAAGACGCAUCGAUGCCUGACCGAGGUUAAGGACAUAUUAAUAUUUAAUCAAAGCGAUCAUGAUAUUAUUGAGAGGAAGCGAUCUGGCAGGAAAGAAACAAAAAGGCAAAGAUGAAACGUGUACGGCAAGAGCGCAUAGUUUUGUACUACCUCUCUUGUAACGAUCAAACAAUUUGAAACAUGAACAGAAAUGUCACAAGAAUGUCCCAAUUCUACAUCCCAGUGUCUCAAGCGUUUAAAGAUUCAUGUCACACUUGGUUGAAAUUAUCGUAUUGAAAUACUUUCCGUAACAUGUAGCAUUCUACACACAAGUCCUCGUUGACACGUUUCGUUAGACUUGAUACAAACAUUGCAAUUCAUUUGAACGCUCUGUCUUACUUCAUUGGCAUAUCAAGCUUUUCUUUCCACCUAAAAACUAAGCUCACUAGAGUAUAUAUUUCAUUGGCAAGUUCUCUCAGUCAUGAAGGUAAUAUGCUAGCGAAUUCAAGUUUUUAGGUACAAUUGGCACCUUGAUACAUUUGCUUCCUUCGUGUGUACUGUGCCUCCUAUUUUUUUCUUAAAGGUUUUCUAAAGGGGAGUAGCGAGCGGUGUUUUUGAAGCUGAUUUUAAGUCACUUAGAUGCAAACAACAGCAUUAAAUUGCUUGCCUGGCUUUCUUAUCGUACUCAUUGUGCACAUAGAGAAUGAGUCAACCAAUUUAGUGCAGCUACUCAAGUAGUAAACUUUAUGAAUAAUCUACUGCGUAUCCCGAAAAUUCAUCAGUUAAGCGAUCUGUCGAACAGGCUUCCUUCAUUAUAGUGAAUGCGAUAAUUUCUUCUUCAAGUGGACUAUACUAGUGUACUGAAUCUAACCUUGAACUAGAGUGGGUUGUUCCUUGGUUAUAACAGACCCGAUUCUCAAAGCAUAAACAUUUUAUUUUAAUGAACUUCCUCUAUUUACCAGUCUUUUUAAUUUCAUCGUUGCCUUUUUUUUUACUCGAGUGCCAAACAUUCAAACUCUACAAUUGAUCUCGCCUUGAUUGUCGGUUUCGGCCCUUUACCUGUUUUGUUUUUAAUCAGCACCAAACGCAUACUACAAGUCUUGUGGGGCGCCCUCAACUACAAUGAUUUCCAGCUCAAUGGUCACGUUAGAUUUAAUCGUUACUGAGAAAGAGGAGGAGACUGUAAAAAGCUGAGGCGAGACUUUUUGAACUAAAGAUUUCAUUUCAUCUCAUUUUCAUGCAAAAUAGAUUGUGUGUUUAGCAAAUUUGUAAAGGAGCUGGAUGGGACAAGUAUGCGUCCAUUAAGGCAACGACACAUUCCAUAACUUUCGAAUUGCGAUUUUCUAUCAAUAUCGAACUGAUGAGACCACAUACAAAAAAAUCCAGUUUGUCGCUGCCUCCAGGGAAAAUAUCGAUUUCAUUUUUGCAAUUGGGUGUUGAGAUAGUGGUACUAUAAAUAAUGCGAUGUAAGCAAACAAUUUAAACGAGGUUUUUGUUGCGACCAAUUGGAAGGAGCUUUGUACCGAUCGGGCACAUUUAAGAGCAAAUGCACAUGAAGGAGCAGCGUACACAUGUUUUGUUAAUUUAUCUUAUUUAUUUAGAUUAUUAGACGGGUAAAGGUGUUAAUCAAAAAAACGCAACAAAUGGAUAGUAAAAGACAAAAGUAAGACAAAAAUAACAACGAAACGAUCCAAUAAUGAAGCGAACAAUACAAGAACGAUGGCGUGGCCAUAAAAACUCAA